AUGCGGACAUUGGCUUGUGCAGGCGGUGUGCCGCAGAACAGCGGCCCUGCUGGGAAUAAUACAACGGGGGGCGCAGCGUCCCGUGUCUCUCAGGAAAAAGGCGGCGUGUCACCGUCAGACGCAAGCACUCCCGCUGUGGCGGUGCAGGACGAAAACCGCACAGGAGUAACGGUUGCAGGCGGUGGGGCAAACAAGGGCCGGGGAGGCAGUGCAGUUGAAGAUGCUUCUGCUAAUCCCACGGCAGUGAAGACCGCGGCAUCCGGUCUCGUAGUCCACAACAAUAUCAGCAACGGCAGCGGGAGUCCGUUGCGGAAGGGCAGUGUUAAGGAUAGCGCUGCCUGUGGGUGCCGACUGCUGCCGCCGCUGCUUCUGUUGGGGUUGUGGGCGUUUGUGUGA